UUCUCUGAGUAAGAAGAGAAAGCUCCAAUGUAUCCAGUUCUGUUGCUGGUGUUUUUUCUCUCCUGUUGGCUUCUCCUUUCCCGCAGGAAACAGAAUGCCAGUAAAGGAAAGCUUCCGCCUGGCCCUACUCCUCUCCCAAUUAUUGGAAAUAUCCUGCAAGUAGAUGUUAAGAACAUCAGUCAAUCUCUGAGCAAUCUCUCAAAGGUCUAUGGCCCUGUGUUCACUGUGUAUUUUGGCAUGAAGCCUGCUGUGGUCCUGUAUGGAUAUGAAGCAGUGAAGGAAGCCCUGGUAGAUCUGGGAGAAGAGUUUGCUGGAAGAAGUGAUGUCCCAGUAUUUAAAAAACUUUAUGAAGGACAUGAUGGAAUAGCGUUCAGUGUUGGAAAGACCUGGAAGGAACUCAGGCGCUUUUCUGUCUUGACCCUGCGGAGUUUAGGGAUGGGGAAGAGGAGCAUUGAGGACCGAGUUCAAGAGGAAGCCCACUGCCUUGUGGAGGAGUUGAGAAAAACCAAUGCCUCACCUUGUGACCCCACCUUUAUCCUCGGAUGUGCUCCAUGCAAUGUGGUCUGCUCCAUUGUUUUUCAGAAUCGCUUUGAUUAUACAGAUCAAGAUUUUCUAAAGUUGAUGGAAAAAUUGAAUGAAAAUGUUGAAAUUCUUAGCUCCCCAUGGAUUCAGCUCUGCAAUUCUUUUCCGAUUCUCCUUGAUUAUUACCCAGGGACUUACAGCAAAUUAUAUCAAAAUUAUUCUUAUUUUGCAAGUUAUUUUAUGGAGAAAGUGGUGGAACAUCAAGCAACCUUGGACAUUGAUAAUCCUCGAGACUUUAUUGAUUGUUUCCUCAUCAAAAUGGAGCAGGAAAAACAAAGUCAAGAGCUGAUAUUUAAUUUAGGAAAUUUGGUGAUGACUGUAAUUGAUCUAUUUGGAGCUGGGACCGAGUCAACAAGCGCCACACUGAAAUAUGCUUUGCUUCUGCUGCUAAAACACCCAGAUGUCACAGCCAAAGCCAGAGAAGAGAUUGAGCGUGUGAUUGGCAGACACCGGAGCCCCUGCAUGCAGGACAGGAGCAACAUGCCCUACAUGGAUGCCUUGGUGCACGAGGUCCAGAGAUUCAUUGACAUCGCUCCCAACAGUGUGCCUCAUGCUGUGACCCGUGAUGUUACAUUCAGAAAUUACUUUAUUCCCAAUGGCACAACGAUAUUAACAUCACUGACUUCAGUCCUGCAUGAUGACAAAGAAUUUCCGACCCCAAAGGUGUUUGACCCUGGUCACUUUCUGGAUAAGAAUGGCAAGUUUAAGAAAAGUGACCAUUUCAUGGCUUUCUCAGCAGGAAAAAGAACAUGUCCUGGCGAGAGUCUGGCUCGUAUGGAGCUGUUUUUGUUUCUCACCAACAUUUUACAGAAUUUUACCUUGAAAUCUGAAGUUGACCCAGAGGACAUUGACACUACCCCAAUUUCCAGUGGACUUGCUCGUGUACCCCCUAACUACAAACUCUGCUUCAUUCCUCUGUGAAAAAUAGAGACCAUUUGGGUUUUACUGUGAUAUUAUCUAUAAUCCUGCUCACCUUAGGCUGGGUCUACCUCCUUUCAUUUUUAUCCAUUUCCUGAAAUUGCACUGUUUACAUAUCCCAUCUUCAUCAAAAAGCCAGGAAAAACCAAUGUACAUUAAAAGAGAAUUUCCAGGGCUGGAGUGAUAGCACAGUGGGUGGGGUAUUUGCCUUGCUAGGCAAAUGCACCCAGGUUCUAUUCCCAGAAUCCCAUGUGGUCCCCUGAGCACCGCUAGGAGUAAUUCCUGAGGAAUUCCUGAGUGCAGAGCCAGGAGUAACCCCUAUGCAUCGCAGGAUCUGACCCAAAAGGCACAAUAAAAUAAGAUAAAUUAAAAAUAUAAAAGAGAAUUUCCUUAAUCUCAGUGGACAUCAGUUUCUUCAAUAAUCUAUAACUUUUAUACUUGCCACUAUAUAUAAUAAUAUUUACUUAAUAUUGAGUAAAUCUAGAUAGACAAUAUGACAAAAUAAAGAUGAAUAAUAUAUACCAAAUUAUUUAUAUACAUUUCCCCUUGUAUUUUCUAAAUAAGAAUUAUAAUUUGAUGAACCAAGUAGUAGAUUUUAUUCCUUUUUCCAUAAUUCAGAUAAGAAAAUAAGAAUAAAAAUGAGAAACUAAAGAGAUAAGAAUCAGGUAGGACAUUUUCCUUGCAUGUUGGACCCAGUUUUGACCCUAGGCACCCCAUAUAGUCCUAAAAAUACCAUCAGCACUCAUCCCCGAAGUGUAAUCCCCCAGGAGUUAGUCCCGAGCACUGUUAGGGUAUCUCACCUUCCAAAAAUUAAAAUAAUGCAAAGUAGAUAUUUUGAUCAGCAUAAUCAUUCACACAGGAAGAAUUAAAAGAAAGAAAAUAAAACAGUUUGACUUAGUAUUAUUGAGAGAUAUUGAUACCAAUUUUGAAAUUGUGGGAAAGCUGUUCAAAGCAGCUUUAUUCUAUAAGGAGAUAUUAAAAUAAGUGAUGGUGAGGCGUUUUAACCACAUAAGCCAGGAAAACUACUGAGAAAAAUAAGAGCAGAAAUCAAUGAAAUUACAAGCAUAUGAUCAAUAUGGAAAAACAAUGAAAGCAAACUCAUUAAAAUAGUUAAUCAUGGUGAUAAAACCGGACUAUUCUGACAAAAGAGAGAAGGCACAAAUGUGUAAUACCAAAUUUAAUGAGGUACCAUCACUUGAUUUCACUGAAAUAAAAAAGAUUUUAAAAACUAGUCUCCAUGUUUAUCCAUUUAUAAGCAAAUUUCGUGAGAUGAGUCAGAAAGAGUGGGACAGACUUAGAGGGACUGCACUCAUUUGUGGAGUGUAGGGUAGCAUCACGUAAGGCUGACAUCCAAGGACGGUAGAUACAAGGGCCAGGGGGUUUGCCCCAUAGCUGGAAGACUGCUUCAUGAGCAGAAGGGAGAAGGCAGAUGGAAUAGAGAAGGAAUCACUAAGAAAAUUAUGGCUGGAGGAAUCCGUUGGGAUGGGAGAUGUGUGCCAAAAGUAGAUAAUGAACCAAACAUGAUGACCUCUCAGUGUCUGUGUUGCAAGCCAUAA